AUAUAUAUGGCGUGGAGGAAUUGAAUUGAACACAUAAUUGGCAUGCAAAGUUGUGGUAUUAAGUAACGGAUCACUCCUUCAAUUCCUUGUAUACACACACACACACAUAUAUAUAUAUAUAUAUAUCUGCAUCUGCCACUAGCUAGUACGUACUGUUGGAUCUCGAUCAUUUGCUCAGCUUGAUCGCUCCCAAUUACAUAUAUAACUAGCUAGCUGUAUGUAUCAUGGGAAGACAACCUUGUUGUGAAAGAGUCGGUCUGAAACGCGGGCCAUGGACCAUGGAAGAGGAUUCCAAGCUCAUCCACUUCAUCCUCAACAAUGGAAUACAAUGCUGGCGCCUUGUUCCCAAACUUGCAGGCUUGAUGAGGUGUGGAAAGAGCUGUAGACUAAGAUGGAUAAAUUACCUGCGGCCAGACCUCAAGAGAGGUGCAUUCACUGACGCGGAGGAAGCUAUGAUCAUUGAGCUCCAUUCCCGGCUCGGUAACAGGUGGUCGAAGAUAGCUGCGCAUUUUCCAGGCAGGACGGACAAUGAGAUAAAAAAUCAUUGGAAUACGCGGAUCAAGAAGAAAAUGAGAUUGCUGGGGUUGGAUCCGCUGACGCACCAGCCCAUUGAUGAUGCAUCGAGCGAGCAGCGUUCAGUAAUCACGGCUGAGACGAUCAGUGAGAAAAUGAAAAUGGAGAUGGAGACGGAAAUGGCCGCCAUGCGUCAAUCGAGUCAGCUCUCAUCCGCCCCACCCCCACCCCCACCCCCUGAAGACUACCAACUCAUUCCACAAGAGCCGGAAGGAGCCGCCGCCAUGAAUUUCGAAUUGGUGAUCACGGGGUCUUCUUCUUCCUCCUCCUCCUCCUCCUCCUCCUUGUCUUCUUCUUCUUCUCCUUCCUCUUCAGUUGUGUUACAGAGCAGAGAAUCUCUCUCUCUCGUGCCAACCAGUUUCACGAUGGAUCUUUUCCAGAAUUGGAUGGAUAAUCCCUUGUUCUUCUGGGAUGGCUUCGGCGGUACUUUGGGCGAACAUGGAUUUCCGAUCCCCUGAUGAGAAAAUCACCAUUGUAUUCAUCCAAGCCAAAUCAUAUAUACGCAUCUGUAUCUUGGUACAUCCUGGCCCUGGUGUAGAGGUUGGACUUGUGACCGGACGCUCACGUCACCCAUGUCAUUAAAAAAAAAAAACAUAUAAAAUUAUCAUUUUUUUUACCUAUACUAAAGCCAUCUGUCAUACUGAGUUGGAUAAUUGAAGUACUGCAGUCGAUCGUAUCAAUA